AUGUGCUACGUUGUUUCACUGGUCAUCUUCGGGUCAGCCAUUGGACUCAAGUACUUCCGGCUCAACUCCUACAGCAUCCAGUUCGUUUUCUAUUUUAUCUACUCGAAUCUGCAAAUCGCCGUCGCCUUUUUAGUCUCUUCGUUAUUCUCAAAGGUUAAGACUGUGACAGUCGUUGCUUACAUAUUGGUCUACGGAACUGGGCUCUUGGGCAGCUUUCUCUUUCAAAAGAUGCUUGAAACUCAGUCAUUCCCGGAAGAAUGGAUUGUUGCCUUGGAGUUGUAUCCUGGCUUUUCUCUAUACCGCGUGUUGUAUGAGUUCUCGCAAUAUGCGUCACGUGGAAACGGGAUGCAAUGGCAAGAUCUUGGCGAUAGUGGAAUGGGUGAAGUCUUAACCAUCAUGUCAAUAGAGUGGUUUUUGGCUAUCAUCCUAGCCUUAUACUUCGAUCAGGUUGUCUCGUCCGGGAAGCAACCUUUCUUUUUCUUGGACAUUUUUUUCAAUAAAUCUUCUUCAUCCCUACCAAGGAGGCCUAGUACUAUGCAGAGGCUGGAUUCUAGAAAAGUCUCCAUAGAUAUGGAUAUGGAUAAACUAGAUGUCACUUACGAGAGGGAGAAAGUUGAGCAAUUGAGGAAAGAAGGGGUCACAGGACAUGCGAUCGUGUGUGACAACCUGAAGAAGGUGUAUCCAGGUAGAGAUGGUAACCCACCAAAACUAGCAGUAAGAGGCAUGUAUCUCGACGUUCCUUCAGGAGAAUGUUUCGGCAUGCUUGGACCUAACGGCGCCGGCAAAACCUCCUUCAUCAGUAUGAUGACGGGGCUCCUCAAACCUUCAUCUGGAACAGCCUUGGUUCAGGGUUUGGACAUAUGUAACGAGAUGAACAAAGUAUACACGAGCAUGGGCGUAUGCCCGCAGCACGACUUGCUUUGGGAGACGCUAACAGGAAGGGAACAUCUUCUCUUUUACGGGAGACUUAAGAAUAUCAAGGGCUCUGCUCUAACACAUGCUGUGGAAGAAUCUUUAAAAGGCGUCAGCCUUUUCGAUGGAGGAGUUGCCGACAAACCUGCUGGAAAUUACAGUGGUGGUAUGAAAAGGCGACUUAGCGUGGCUAUUUCACUUAUCGGGAACCCCAAGGUGGUGUAUUUGGAUGAGCCAAGCACAGGACUUGAUCCAGCCUCGAGGAAGAACUUAUGGGAUGUGAUUAAGCGUGCAAAAAAAAACACAGCAAUAAUCCUCACAACUCACUCAAUGGAAGAAGCAGAAUUUCUAUGCGAUAGAUUGGGGAUAUUUGUAGACGGAGGCUUGCAAUGCAUAGGAAACUCCAAGGAGCUGAAGAGCAGGUACGGUGGAUCAUAUGUUUUCACGAUGACAACAUCUUCAAAACAUGAGGAAGAGGUAGAGAGAUUGGUUUCAACUGUCUCUCCCAACGCUAAGAAGAUAUAUCAUCUCGCUGGUACACAGAAAUUCGAGCUUCCAAAGCAGGACGUUAGCAUUGCUGAGGUGUUUCGGGCUGUAGAAAAGGCCAAAUCCAACUUCACUGUCUUUGCAUGGGGACUCGCCGACACCACUCUCGAAGAUGUCUUCAUCAAAGUCGCUAGAAAUGCUCAAGCUUUUAUUUCCUUGUCUUAA